CACAAACACACUUGAUUUUGUUUGGGGCAGGUGGACAUUGAAAAACUUUCAAGCGUAUUCAUAUUUCGCGGGUAGCUUUGUUUUUCAACGGUGGCGUAAACGUAACAGCCCCAUUAUUCCUUACUUGUGCUUAGGAUAUAAGCCAAAAUGAUAGACCUUUUCAUGCCCUUUCGGGCAUUUCUAAAGUUGGAUAAUGUUACUAUUGACAACAACGUGUUUCGGAUGCAUUACAAAGUGACAGUGAUUAUGCUGCUGGUUUUCACGCUGUUGGUGUCUUCGAAGCAGUUCUUCGGGGAUCCCAUCCACUGUAUGGGCGAUAGUGAUAGCGAUAAGGACGCCAUAAAUAGUUACUGCUGGAUCUAUGGGACCUACACGUUGAAGAGCAGGUUAAAGGGUAUUGAAGGCACUCACAUGACAUACAUUGGCGUGGGCACCGAGAUGGGCGGGAAGGAGGACCGGAAGGAGGACCGGAUUGAGCACACCUACUACCAGUGGGUCUGCUGUGUGCUGCUGGGCCAGUCCGUCAUGUUCUACACACCGCGCUAUCUCUGGAAGCUCUGGGAAGGGGGGCGGCUGAAGGCGCUAGCUUCUGAUUUGGCUAGCCCCAUGGUGACAAAGGACUGGCAUGAGUACCGCCGCGGGGAGCUGGUCUCGUACCUGUCCCACACCAACAUGUACUCACACAACAUGUACGCCCUGCGCUACGCCUUCUGUGAGAUUCUCAAUCUUCUCAAUGUGGUGGGGCAGAUGUUUCUCUUGGACAUAUUCCUGGGCGGCGCGUUCCGCAACUACGGCGCCACUGUCGCAGCCUUUACGCGCGUCCCGAAAGAUCCCACCGACCUCACCGACAUCGACCCCAUGGACCGAUACUUCCCCAAGAUCACCAAGUGCAUUAUCCGCCGCUACGGACCCUCGGGAAGCGCGGAAUUAAGGGAUCGUAUGUGUGUUCUACCUUUAAACAUAGUCAAUGAGAAAAUUUUUGUCGUUAUUUGGUUUUGGUUCAUCUUUCUCACUUUCAUCUCUACCUUGGCUGUUCUCUUCCGUGUACUGGUGCUAUCGGCUCGCCCUCUCCGCACCGUCAUGAUGAUGGGCCUCUUGAGACACGUGAAACGGAGCACCGUCACCAGAAUUGUGAAGCGCUUUGGCUUCGGCGACUGGUUCGUCCUCUAUUUGCUGGGCAAAAAUGUGAAUCCACAUGUCUACAACGAUUUAAUUCUAGAACUGUCCAAAGAAUUGGAGCAUCGUAAUAAUUACCCCACUAUUUAAGGCUACAAUGUAGAUCAGUCUUCAUAAGUUACUUCUAAGUAGUUUUAAUGUGUUAGUCUUGCCAAAUAUAGCAAAUUUAAUUGUGACAUCUUCAACCAAAAGGUACCACAUUGUCGCUUGUCAAUAAGGUUGAUUUCAAAUUGAAGCUAUAUGGAAAUAGCGCCUUAUUGACAACCGACAAUAAGUACCCUUUUGAUUGAGAAUGGCACAAUUUAUGUUUAAAGACAUUAGUUAUAGACUUUUUUUUUUAUAAGUUUUGUGGUAAAACUUGCAAUUUAAGAAUAGGCUAUUAGCAAACACUCAAAAUUAUAUAUGUUUUAAUAUUAAUAGAAUAGUUCUAUGAUAAUUUAUGUGACAAACAUUGGCAUUUAUGUAAAGACUGAUCUAGAUGCAAAACUUGAUCUCUUGAUUUUGGUUCAGUACCUACCUAUUAGUCAAUAGGAUGUUUAAUUAAGUCUAAUUCUUAAUAUCUAAGUACAGGGUAUUUGUUGAUAGAUAUUUAGGUAACAUAAAUUGUUGUACUUUUUGAUGCAGAUACGUGAUACACCUGCCUUAUAAGUAUUAGAAUAAAAUAAGAAUUUAAUUUACUCAGAAUAAUAUGUAAUCCUGCUAUAGAAUUAAUUUGCUCCAUUAUUAGACCAACACCUGACAUAAUUAGGCUCUUUGAAAUUCGAAAUUUAUAUUCGCAAUUUUGGUACUAUGCCAUAUCGAAAAAAAAAUUGAUACAGCUAAAAUGAGUGACAUAUAAUUGUAAAAGGAAAGUGAUAGAAAUAAUAAGGUUAUACAGGGUGGGCCAAUGAUAAAUGCAUUUUAACGAAAGACGUCAAUACGAAAAGAGAAUUUAUUACUGGCCCACCCUAUACAUAUAUUUAAAUAAAUUGUAUAUGUACUCAAUUGCAAAAUUGCAGUUUGGUACACACUUUGGCAGGAAAAUACAGUCAACGUCAAAGAUAUGUUAACAUUUUUCGCCUUUUACAAAGGAAGGUGCAAAAGUGUAAACAAUAUCUUUGACAUCCACUGUACAAAUUUGAAAUCCUCAAAUUUAUUGAAUAUUGCCUAAUUACCUAUUUGCUGAUUAUUAAUUUAAUUGAUCCUUCAUUGUUUUGCUAAUCAUUUUGGAAGUUCCAAAUUUAAUUGUUUUUGUUUAUUUUCCCUCAAAAUAAAAGUAUUAUUGUUAUUUCAGAAAAGUUUUGUAUUUCUUAUUUUCAUUAUAAAAUUUGUUACAAGAAA